AUGUAAUAUCAUAAAAUUUUCCAUACAUAGUGUACGUAUAUAGGUAUAUGUACAUGUCCCACAUUAUUUUACUUUACCGUGUUAAAAUAAAAAGAUUUGUUCAGAACAUUCUACAUACACGUAUUUAAGAGUAUAUUAAGUCUUAAUUGAUACGAAUAUAUCGAAUACAACAUAUUAAGAUUUGAGGUUUAAAUAUUUCGGGGAUAUAAUAUGAUAAUAGACUCUAUUUAUAUAUAAAUAUUCGUAUAUAAAUAUAUUGAUGUAUGCAAGUAGAGAGCACGAAUAUGAAAGGAUAAGACGAAGCGAAGUGAAGCAAAGGUAAAGAGAAUGGAGAAUGGUGAGCGAUCGUGGUGGUGAAUAGAGUGGAGGGGCAACGGCUUACCUACCUGCCCGGUUGAGAGCUCAGUCGGUGUCCGCCAGGUUGAAAAUCCGUGACUUCUCCUCGUUUCGUACGUGACUUUUCCCAUUUUUAUUAAAACGGCGCGAGAAAAGUCGAAAAAAAAGAUAUGAAAUACAGCGAAACAUAUAGAGCUGACAACUACUCUUUAUUCAAUGCUGGUUAAAACGUCCGUUGAUGAAAUUGACGAUGAACAUCAGAUUUUCUUAAAUUAGCAGAAAGUCAGGAAGACGUUAGACAAGGCUUUUUCUGUGCAAACUCGAUUACAGUGGAUGUGAGUGCGCGCUUCGAUACAUGCGCGAUCCCACGCGUGUCGCAAACAACGUGUGUGUGUGUUUACAUAUGGUGAUCUGUGUCGACUGUGUAACAACCAACAAGCAAGAAUCGUGAUUUUGGAUUGCAGCAAAUUCGUCGACGACCGAUCAGUGUUACCGGCUAUUUUAUAGACAUGCUUGGGUUCGACAGCAGACAGUAACACUAGGUGACACACCGGCGUAUAUAACACACGCAUGAGCAUACACUAGCGCACACAGUUAUGGCAAGGACAACGACUGCGUGGUUUUGCUGCUUACUCUGCGUGUUUUUAUGCCUUCGUAACGUCACUUCGAAAGCUGGCUUGUGCGAGGUGGAGUCAGGACAAUCGAAUAUUAUUCUUGACAUCGAGGAGAGCAGGGGAGAUGCGACCGAUCAGAAGACCGUGCCGGAGGAACUUCCGGUAUCUGGCGAUCCGUAUAACGAGACCACGCUGGAGUUGAUCUUUCCUGGAAGACAGCCUCGUUUUAAAUUGAAUGGAAAGAAGCUGCAGCUGUUGGAUCCUCUGGAUAGGGACGAUGAAAAUCUCUCGCACGUUGUUUUUCAGUUGAGCUGUACGGUGAAGCAAACGAACAAGAAACGGACCAUACCGGUGAUUGUGCGAGUGUCAGAUAUAAAUGAUAAUGCGCCAAAAUUCAUUAACACGCCAUACGAGACAACGGUGCCAGAGUUAACGCCAGUCGGUUCGACCAUCUUCAAAAACGUGGUGGCCGUGGACGCGGAUGCCGGUGUGAACGGCAUCGUGGAAUACUCGAUCGCUCCUGGUGACGGAACUGGCAUUGGCAACAAUGACGGAGUUGGUCGAAAUAGAAUAACAACGGCUGAUGGAUACGGUUAUUUCAGCAUCAACUUACCUCAUCAAGGCCAAGUUACUGUUAACCGUACCCUGGAUUUUGAAAGAACGCAACGAUACCUCGUCACUAUUUUGGCAUCGGAUCGUGCAAGGAACGUAUCCGAAAGGUUCACAUCUACCACCACUUUGACGGUAAAUAUCAGAGACGACGAUGAUCAAGAUCCUUCCUUCAUCUAUCAAGGCUGUAUGCUGUUGGAUGGCGCCUGCAUUAAUCCAGAAUAUUCGGCGUCCGUAUCGAGUGGAGUGUUAUCCGGGAUACUUAAUAUAUCGCCGGAGAAAAUACAAGCGGUUGAUAUGGACAGUAUAAACGCACCCAUUCAUUACUCGUUUCUCAGUGGCAAUCCAUCGAAUUAUCGAGAAUUUUUCGAAAUAAACCCGAACACUGGCGCCGUGAAGCAAAUCAAGGCGGUCGACACAACGGUUACCAAGAAGUUCGAUAUUAUCAUCAAGGCCGUCGAGGUGUCGGAAGCGAAACGAUCGGCGACAGCGAAAUUGACCAUCACUGUGAAGCCAGUCGACAGUAACCCCCCGAUUAUAACAGCAUCGAACAUAGAGGGUUUCGUCGAUGAGAAUGCCCCGAUUGGAACAAAGGUUAUCGACAAAAUAGGCAAUCCUGUGGUACUCACUGUUUCGGACGCUGAUUUGGGCCCCGAAGAUCCGAAACCAGCUUACACUUUCGAAUUAACCACCAAUUUCUUCGCGAUCGAUCCUUCCGGUAUACUCGUCGUGAACGAAGAGAAUCUGGAUCGUGAUCCUCCGAGUCCUGGUCGUUUCCGGUUUCAAGUGGUGGCCAGGGAAAAGACGGGCGUUGCUGCUUCUGCGCCAUUAUCCUUCGUGGUGAUAUUGAACGACGUUAAUGACAACGCACCUAUGCUUCCUAUGAUAGCUCCCAUCACCGUUCAGGCUGGAGAAACGAAGAAAGUAGUGACAAAGGUCGAGGCAACGGACAACGACGAAGGGGAGAAUGCCGAAAUAACAUACAGCAUCUAUCACGUGUCAAAUAAUGGACUACAUAAAUUUAAAAUCGAUCCGAAGACCGGCCUGAUCGAAUCCGUGAGAAAGCUGAACGCAGGCGAACAAUUCAGCAUUACCGUACAAGCUACUGACAAGGGUGGAAAAUAUUCACAGACGAUCGUCGAGGUAAACGUGAUUCCUGGACCCAAUACCAGGAGUCCCGUCUUCCAGCAACCGGUAUACGAGGUGCAAGUCAGCGAGGGAGCGUCCAUUAAUUCCACGGUCGCCACGAUUACCGCAGUUGACCCAGAGAACGAUCCAGUGUCGUACUCGAUCGUAUCUGGAAACGACCUGCGUCAAUUUGCGAUCGGUGACAAAUCAGGCGUGAUCACUGUUAUAAGGAAGUUAGACAGGGAGGAUCUGACCCGUUAUCAGCUGCUGAUAAAGGCCGAAGAUUCUGGCGGUUUGUUCAACACGGCAACGGUAAACAUCAAAGUAACAGACAUCAACGACAAGAAUCCAGAAUUCGUCGACUUGCCUUACGAGUUUACUGUAAAAGAAGGAGAAGCUAGGAAAUUAAUAGGUCGGGUGCAUGCCGAGGACGCCGAUGAAGGCAUCAACGCAGAAAUCACGUAUUUCGCGCCAGACGACAUACCGUUUACCGUCGAUCCUGAAACUGGAGAUGUGUUGACGAAAAUCGUUUUGGACUAUGAGCAAAAUGACGAAUACAAAUUUGUGGUAACCGCGAGAGACGGUGCUCCUGAUUACCGCUUAGCUACUGCUACGGUUACAGUGAAAGUUAUAGACGUCGAGGACGAAGUUCCUGUUUUCCAUCAAAGCAGCUACGAGGCUCGAGUUAAAGAGAAUAUACCAGAUUACACGGUGCUUCAAGUAACGGCUGAUGAUCCGGACACAAAGAAGCAGAUCACGUACAUGAUUAAACAAGGCAACACCGAACUAUUCGACAUAGACCCGAAGACUGGAGCCAUAAAAACCGUUCGCGGUUUGGACUAUGAGAGGGAGAACCAGCAUAUCCUUAUAAUUGGCACCGUCGAAAAUACCAGCGAUUCGCCUGGUUCUACUACUAGAGUUGUGGUCAAUGUCCAGGACGUUAACGACAUUCCACCAGUGUUCACGUCAGUUCCUCGUCCGAUUACGCUGGAUGACGACGUUCCCAUUGGCACGACGGUCAUCAAUCUCGUAGCAACAGAUUCCGAUGGCACUGCUCCUGGAAAUCAAGUGAGAUACGAAAUUGUCGGCCGUGAAAUAGCGAACAAAUAUUUUGUGAUCGAUCCGGACACUGGCGUGCUUAGGAUACGAGACGACUUGCGUAAGGAAACGAACACUGAAUAUCAGGUUGAUGUUCGCGCGUACGACAUGGGAGAACCGCAACUGGCGUCCGUCACGACAGUGCCAGUUUAUGUUCGUCACGUGGCCACGGUGCCGCCAGAAAUCGGCUUAGGUUUUGCAGAAAAUUCCUACAACGUCGAAGUACCGGAAGAUGCGGGCGACAAUACGUUGAUCAAGAUAAUCACGGUCAUUAAUAGUCACGCACACGAUACUACGCCAUUAAAAUGCGAAAUUUAUAGCGGUAACGAGAAGGAAUUGUUCGAAGCGAAUGUUACGGAGGAACGGAAUUGCGCGCUUAGACUCCGGAAAGGAGUCUUGGAUUACGAAACAACGGAAUCCUAUCAAGUGAAACUCAAGUUGGAAUCUUUAUCAGGUCUAUUGAAUACCGACAGGAAUACAACCAUGGUCAAGAUUCAAGUGCUCGACGUAAACGACAAUAAACCGGAAUUCAUUUUCGCGGACAGUAGAGCAAAACUAUCGAGAGGACGUUACUUUGCUGCGAUUCCCCGAACCGCCCAGUUCGCGUCGACGGUUAUACAAGUGAAAGCACACGAUAAGGAUAACGGCAAGUACGGCAAGCUCGAGUACAAAAUACUUGGUGGACGAGGAUCGGACUACUUCGCCAUGGACAGUUCUUCCGGAAUAAUAAGAACCACCGCGACUUUCGAUAACGUGGAUCUGUCCGAGCUUCCAUUCAAAUUCGACGUUCGAGUUCGAGAUAAUCCUAAUUCGACUGACAACUUUAACUCGAUCGUAGCUCCGGUUAUAGUGAAUCUGAUCGAAGAGGAGAAUCUAAUGAUUCUAGUAGUUCAGGACGCGCCACCAGACGCGUUGCAAAAGGAGGCAUCCAAGAUCGCUGGUAUCAUCGAGGAGAAGAGCGGUCUUCUGAUCGGCAUCGAUAGAGUGGCAGUGAGAAAAAAUUUGACGAAAAAUGGAACUGUCGAGAUGUACCCUCAGGAUUCCGACGUGUGGUUCUACGCCAUCGAUCCAGAUACAGAAGCUAUUUUAGAUAGGAACAGUUCGCGUAUACAAAGAUCGAUUAUCGAAAAAACGGCUAUGUCAAAUAUCACCUUCGACGUGUCGACGCUGGUCCGAGCGAAUGCGAUAGACAUUCACGCGCCAGUAAUGCCAGCCGAGUCGGUACGCACGCAAACCGCCAUCGCUUUCAGCGGCGAGGUAUUUCCGUAUGCCUUGAUAAUCAUCGCGUGUGUCAUCUUGAUCCUAGGCAUAGCUGGCAUCAUCUACAUUUGCGUCUCCUGGUCCAGAUACAAAGCGUACAAGGAACGAAUGCAGCGGAUGUACGUCGUGCCCCGUUACGAUCCUGUGUACGUCGAGCCAAAUUUGAAAGAAUACGAGACACAGGUGCUUCAAAUGAGCGUGCCUGUCGACGACAACGACAGCUAUAACGAUCUGCAGCUUGAUUUCAGCAAUAAGAAUCAUGCGUUCAGCUUGGACAAUGUUAGCUAUAUUACCAAAGAUCACGGAGAAAGUACCGGUCAACAGAGCCCUGUAAGUUCCGAAGCGGCGACCACGGCACGUGCUUCCAGCAUAGUCGGUACCCACGGAGAGACGAACAUUCACUCGUUGCGACGAUCGACCCUUGGUAGAAAAAAUCCUAACAGCAACGCGAACACGUUGAACAACCACGACACCACGCCUGUCUUAAAUCCGCUCUACAAUCACGGUAACGAUCUACUCAGUCCUAGUCCGUCGAACGACAACGUCACGUUCAGAGAAAAGAGGGAUUAUUCUCAUCUAGGGUUCACGUAUUUGGGUGAACAAAGCCCGGUGGAAACGACCACGGAGUUAUAAAAAGGGGCUCGGAUAUGCUCAACUGGAAACUUUUGCUAGAAUUCUUGGUCCAGGUUUUGCGCUGUGCGAUCGUUUUCUUACGAUAUCGACCUAUCGGUUAAAAGAGAGAAAUUACAGCGUCGCGUGUUUUCCAGAUUAAAUUCGCGAGGAUCAAAACAAAGUUCGUUCCGUAGCUUUGCCGGAGGCGACGACCGAACCGAAGCGAACCGAAAGCAAGCGCCAGUGCAUUUCUAAACGAGCUCAAGAAUUUGUUCCACGUGACGAACUUUCAAUCGAAUUGUCGCGAUGAAUAAGGCAGCGCAUGUGCCACGACGCGAAACGACAUCGCGAAUACUCUCUAUCGACGAUGAACGAAAUCCGGCGAGCUUCUCUCCGCGAAAAACGUCGAAAAGCGUUGAAAAACUUUGAACGUUGUCCGUCGCGCGUCGCGAUUCUACAAAAUGCGAAUGAACGUGGCACGGCGCGAUCAAAAUCAUUAGUUUCACGGUUUUCUUUGGAAAAUCCGCCACCGAGCGCGGUUAUCACGACUGUACAACGAAAUUGCCAUCGAUUUUGCGACAAUCGGCCGCGACUUCAAUGUGAUUUAUGCUUCUUGCUCCGAUGCAAUGACCAAAAAUGCUGCGUGCUCGUGCGUAUAAUCGAAAAGCAAAAUCGGAAGAUCGAGGCACCGUUCAAGUCUCUUCCGACUAUCGCCUGAUAUUCUCGGGGUUAGCGACAGCGAAACUCGAUUUUCUUUUCUUCUACUUUAUAUCGAGAUACGAAUACGCAUUUCGUUCGAGUAUUCGUCCGUCGGUAAUUUGUAGCGACGGCGAGAAUAUAAAGAAUAUAUGGUACUUGAGAUGUAUAUACGCACAGACCGUUGCUACGUCGCUGCCGCUGCGAAUAUUUCGCCUUGGUGACGAAGAUCAUUUACAUCGAAUCUAUGCUGUGCAAUAGUUCGUUAUCUCCCGCGAUAAUGUCGACGAAUAGAUUUCAUUUUGCGCGCGAUGCGUCCAUCGUCAAUUCUCGUUUACGUCUAAAUCGAUGAUACAAAUUUUUAUUCGAAACAUGUGCAGAAAACGCAUAGCAGUAAUUGCGAGUCAUCGUACCGUCCAACGUAGUAGUAAGGAUUAAUAAUAAAAUGAUAGAUUUCUAAAGGUUGUAUGUGAGCGACUAAUGGAACGUGUGCACUGUGUAUAUGUGGAUCGGCCCGUGAACUUAAAUAUGUAUAUGCAUGAGAGAGACCCCCGUAAAACCAUUUGUAUAAUAAGAUCUUUUUAUUUAUAAUUGCGCGUUUGCUCAUAUUAUUAUUAUUAUUAUUAUUAUUAUUAUUAUUAUUAUUAUUAUUAUUAUUACUCAUGCAAUGGUACACAUCGUUGUUACGUACUGUUACAGAGUGAAAAUUUUCUUUGGCUAUUCACGCGUUAUUUUCACUCGCAAAACAUUUUUUAUUCCCUUUCCUUCUUUUAACCUUGAACUACGAAGCGGACCGCUCUUUCAAAGUGCGGUUCUUUUUGCAGAUAUUCGAUAAGUAGGGGGGGGGGUGAUUAAGCAAUUAAAUAUAAAAUACGUGAAACGCGUUUAAAUACGAAGAUACUUACGAUUAUCGAUCGGCAAAUAUCGUGCACUCGAUAUAAUAAUUUCCAAUACAGAUUUAUUUCGAGCCUUGUACGUAAGAUCUGCUAAAUCGAUUAUUUGCGUCCAUUACAUUAUGCGGUGAACGAUAUCCAAUAGUGUAAUUUAUUGUAUAAGAGAAAAUUGUGAGACUUGAUCGAUUAAAUCUCUAGUCGUAUGGCGAACACCUUUUGUAACGAAUCUCUCGAUCGUUUCUACUUUGUUUAGGAUACAACGUUGAAAAAUUAUCCGCAUCGCCGAUUCUUUGACUAGAGCGUUAAUAUCUUUUACUCAUAGUUGUUUAAAGUACGAAUGCUGUAAAAAUUGUUAAUACCUAAUAAAUCCAUUAUAUUUACAUAAA